UUCUGCAGUUUAGAGCUCCUGUAACAGCAGUUUUCCUCAUGGAUUUUAAUAGACAGGUCUUUAUUUCGGUGUUGCUUGUAUUCCUAAAAGAAUCCUGCCACACCUUUAACAUUGAUGUGAAGAGACCACAGAUAUUCUGGGGACCUGAGAAUGCACAGUUUGGAUACAAGGUUCUACAGCACGAAGCCGAAGGGAAAAAAUGGAUGUUAGUCAGUGCUCCAUGGGAAGGGACUGUAGAUAACCGAAAAGGAGAUGUGUACAGAUGCAGUAUUGGACAAGACAGGAACUGUGCCAGGGUUCAUAUAGGAGAUGCCACUCUUCAGAAUAUCUCAAGGGAAAUCAGCAACAUGAAUUUUGGAAUGACACUGGAAGAUAAUCAAGAUAAUGGUUUUGUGGCUUGUGCCCCACUCUGGUCCCAGGAAUGUGGUACUUCCAAGUUUAGCACAGGAAUCUGCACCAAGGUCAACCAAAACUUUCAGCCGACAGAAAACAUUGCACCUACUGUUCAAAGGUGUUCUACAUAUAUGGAUAUUGUAAUUGUUCUUGAUGGUUCAAACAGCAUCUAUCCCUGGUCUGAAGUGCAGAAUUUUCUCAGUAAUAUCCUAAGCAAGUUCUUCAUUGAUCCUGAACAAAUACAGGUUGGUGUGUUGCAGUAUGGGGAAGUAUCUGUCCAUGAAUGGUCACUCAGAGAAUAUCGGACAGUUAAGGAGGUGGUAGAUGCAGCCAAGAAUAUCAGCAGAAGAGAAGGUCGUGAAACCAGGACUGCCUAUGCAAUUAAUAUGGCAUGCACAGAGGCAUUUACCCCUGAGCGAGGUGCCAGAGACGGAGCCACCAGACUGUUGAUAGUAGUCACAGAUGGAGAGUCACACGAUGGUGAGCAGCUGCCCGAGGCAUUGGCUGAAUGUGAAAAACGGAAUAUCACUCGUUAUGCUAUUGCAGUCCUUGGUCAUUACAUCCGACGGCAGCAGAAUUAUGAUGCUUUCAUUAAUGAAAUUAAAUACAUCGCAAGUGACCCUGAUGAGAAAUACUUCUUCAAUGUCACAGAUGAAGCUGCACUCAAUGACAUCGUGGAUGCCUUGGGGGACCGAAUUUUCAGUCUGGAAGGAACUCUUGGAAACAAUGGAAGCUCUUUUGAACUAGAAAUGUCGCAGAUAGGGUUUUCAACACACAUUCUUGAGGAUGGAAUUCUGUUUGGAGCUGUAGGAGCCUAUGACUGGGAUGGAACAGUGCUGAAAGAAAGCAAAUGGGGUCGAAUUAUACCACCAAGGGAGGUCUUUGAGAAGGAGUUUCCAGUAGAGUUGAAGAACCAUGCAGCUUACUUAGGUUACACAGUCUCUUCUGUAACACUGCACAAUGGUCAAGUGCUGUACGUAGCUGGAGCCCCCAGGUUUAAACACAAAGGCAAAGUCAUCUUAUUUAACAUGACAAACGAUGGAAGUAUCACAAUCUCUCAGGCAAUGACUGGUGAACAGAUUGGCUCAUACUUUGGCAGUGAGCUGUGCCCUGUUGAUGUUGAUGGAAAUGGCAGCACUGAUGUUUUGCUGGUUGCUGCUCCAAUGUACUUGGGAGCUGGGAACAAAGAAACAGGUCGUGUGUACAUCUAUAUAUACAGCCAGAAAUCAUUCUUACUUAAUGGCACUCUGAAAGCAGAUAAAAAGCCACAAGAUUCUCGCUUUGGCUAUUCUCUGGCAGCUGUCCCUGACCUCAAUCAUGAUGGAUUCAAUGAUGUCAUAGUUGGAGCUCCUCUGGAGGACAAUCACUGUGGAGCAAUUUACAUCUACCAUGGCUACGACAAAACUAUUCUACCAGGCUAUAAGCAGAGAAUUCCUGCUUCUGACAUGAAUCCAGCAUUGCAAUAUUUUGGACGUAGUGUGAGUGGGCAGAUGGAUCUAGAUGGGGAUGGACUUCUUGACAUAGCUGUUGGUGCCCAGGAUACAGCUGUAAUGUUGAGCUCUCGACCAAUUGUACUCAUCAACAUGUCUGUGGAAUUUGACCCCCCUGUUGUCAAUGUCGUGCAGAGAAAUUGUCAGAGGAAUGCCAAAGAAGUGGUAUGCGUGUCAGCCAUCCUCUGCUUCACAGUUGUCUCUCAGUCCCCUAGCUGGCAAAACAGCACAGUUGAUAUACAGUACAACACCACCUUGGAUGACAGAAAAUUUAGUGUGAGAGCAAUCUUCGAUGAAAACUCGCAGAAACAAUUGCAGAAAUAUAUCAGUGCUAGUGUGGGAACAACAGCAUGUCACAUCAUUGGUUUCCAUGUAGUUGACACAACAGACUAUGGUCGUCCAAUUGGACUUGGUGUGCACUUCAGGCUCAACAACACAGAGUCAGGACCAGUAUUGAACACUGGAUUGUCGACAACAAUGAAAAAGUCUAUCCCAUUCUACAAAGACUGUGGUGAGGAUGACGAAUGUGUGUCGGACCUUGUACUGAAGGCUAAAAUGGACAUCAGUGGCUCUAGAAAGAAGCCAUACAUCAUAAGAAGUAUAAAGAAAAGAGUUUUAGUGGAUGUGUCACUGGAAAAUAAAAAUGAAAACGCAUACAAUACCAGCUUCCUCCUUACAUUUUCAAGAAAUCUGCACUUCUUCAGUUUCUCUAUUAAGGAGGACUCUCAGGUGAAAAUGGAAUGUACUGCUUUACUGUCCAAUUCCAGGUCUUGUAAUGUGAGUUACCCAGUAUUCAGGUCACUGGCAAAGGUAACUUUUAUGCUUGAGUUUGAGUUUAGCUGCUCUUUCUUACUCAACCGGAUUCAGAUAAAUCUGACUGCAGACAGUGACAGUACUGAACUGAAUGAGACUCUACAUGACAACACAGUGCAGCUGUUUGCUGUCAUAAGAUAUGAGCCAGACCUCUUCAUAUUAAGUGAAUCUAGUCUAAACCGUUAUGAAGUACGGCUAUCACGAUUCAGCUCCAGGGAUGCUGGUCCAGAAUUUAGAACCACCUUCAAGAUGCAGAAUCUUGGCUGUUACCCAAUCAGCAAUUUCUCCAUAAAUCUUUUCUUGCCUGCGAUGACCUACAGAUUCUGGCCCCUCCUGUCAGUGACUGCUAUACGUGUUGACAAUGAAUCUGCAAUUAGCUGCCACCUCCAGAACAUGACAGACAGAAUGGAAAUGAAUAAUCAGACAACAGUGGUCUCUAUAAAUCCAGAACAUCUCAUGCAUAUAGAGCAGCUGAACUGCAGCAACACACGAUGUGACAUAAUUACCUGUUGGCUGAAAAGGCUCAAUGGAAAUGACGAGCGAAUGAUCCACGUUCGACGAGUGGUUCAUGAUGACUUUUUCAAAGCAGCAAAGUUUAAAUCUGUAAAGGUUGUCAGCACCUUAGCUCUGGAUAACAUCAAGGACCACAGCUUACUAUUUGUUGAAGAAUUUCGGCAUCUAACAGAGACCAUACUGGAGAUCAUCAGGCCAAAGCAAAAUCCGAUUUCUCUGUGGAUCCUUAUUGGAAGCACUAUUGGAGGACUCUUAUUACUUGCCCUGAUUAUAUUUAUACUUUGGAAGCUUGGAUUUUUUACAAGGAAAUCUCAAGAAGAUGAAAGACAUCAUGAAGAGAAAGCACUGAGGAAUGAUUGAAAGUGGCUGUUUUAUUAAAGUUUCUUCUUUUGCAGUCCAUGUGAUUGAUCUCAAUGCAAUUGUUCACAAAUGUUAUGGCAUCAGGAUAUUUUUCCAGAGUUUUCCUACAGGUUUUAUCCGAGAAACAUCCCCUGCAUCCUAAAUGAUUGCAAGCGCGCAAAGUAAUGCAUAAAACAGCCAACCUGGGAAGAUGGAAAACAGUGAUGAGUCCUGAUAUUCCUACAUUCUUUUUGUAUACUUGCCACACACAUACAAGGCUGGAUCUGCAUGACAUUUUUUUAAUCCAGGUUCCCACAUUACUGUAACAAGUUGUUAAUUUAGUUGCAGCCUGGAAAAUGUGAACUGAUCCAAUACCUACUGACUGAAUGUGGCUAUCUACAGCUUCUACUGUCAUUGAGAAAUCCAAAGUUUUGGGCUGCAGCCAGAUGUGCACUUCGUUUAAUAAUAUGAAUGAAUGAAUAAAUGUAUAGUUUUAUUUAAUUUUGUAAGACAGAAAACAUAAGACCAGACAAAUUCUUCAGCCAGCAAGAUUUUUUUUACAAAAUGUUACCCCAGUUUUGAUUUUGUACAUUUUUCAGCUUCUGCAGACCAUGUAGCAUUCUUUUUAUUCUAGUGGUAUUUCCUGCCUACAGUAUCCAUUUACCAACUUAUCAAUAGUUUAUGUUAAAGGUUUAUCUCAGGAAAUGUUCAAAGAAUUCAGACAACACUUUUCUCUGCAUUGCAGUGCUUAUUAUGACAACUAGCUCUAAUGAAAGAAAAAAGAUUAAUAGCCACAGUUUGUUAGUUCCUAAAACUACAGAUGAGCUCUAAUAUUGGGAGGCUGAAGCUUUCCCAUUGUACAUCUGCCACCAUGAAAACACUUGCAGUGGUAAACACACAUUGCAGGUGUGAGUACCAUGCAUGUAUGUAGAUCAGUGAUGCAGGUAUCUGUAACUGUACAGUCUUCAAGAUUAAUGAAAUGCUAUACUGUGGCUGCCAUAAGGUUUGCUCUAAGGAUAGUCCCAUGAAUAAACAGUUACAUAAUG